UUUUUAGCCUCUCCUCAAUGUUUUUCUUUUUUCUUUUUGGGCUUUUCUAGUUCUGUUCUUUUCUUUUCUUGUCAUACAUAUCAUAAUCAAGCUAGAACAAAACUGGUAAAAGCCCUUUUCUUUUCUUUCUUUCUUUCAUUCAUUUCUUUUAGCUAAAAACACUGGUUUUUUUAUUUUUGUUAAUGUCAUUGGCCGUUAGAGUUGCUGAAAGUAGCAGCAACAUGGGUUUUGAUGAAAAUAAGGUAACAAUUUGUGAGGGUAAUAAAGGAAUUGUUGCUGAUUCUGACCCUGAAAUUGAGAAUGUUGGCCCUGUUGAGAAUAAGGUUAAUAGACAAAUGAGUGACAAUUCAAUUUAUACAACUGAUCAAGAAGAGGAUGAUGAUGAAGCUAAUAACAAGAUUGAGUUAGGUCCUCAAUGUACCCUCAAAGAACAAUUUGAAAAGGAUAAGGAUGAUGAGAGUUUGAGAAGGUGGAAGGAGCAGCUUCUUGGAAGUGUGGAUAUCAAUGCUGUUGGAGAAUCCCUGGAUCCGGAAGUGAAGAUCUUGAGCCUUGAAAUUAAGUCCCCCGGUAGAUCUGAUAUUGUUCUCCCUAUCCCCGGGGACGGAAAUCCCAAGAGCCCGUGGUUUGUCCUGAAAGAAGGAAGCAAAUACAGCCUAAAAUUUUCAUUCCAGGUCAACAAUAACAUAGUGACUGGUCUUAAGUACACGAACACAGUUUGGAAAACCGGUAUCAAAGUGGACAGUACGAAACAAAUGAUAGGGGCGUUCAGUCCUCAAUUGGAGCCUUAUACACAUGAAAUGCCAGAAGACACCACGCCUUCUGGCAUUUUUGCAAGAGGAUCUUACUCGGCAAGGUCAAAGUUUCUUGAUGAUGAUAACAAGUGCUAUUUGGAGAUCAACUAUACAUUUGAAAUCAAGAAAGAAUGGCAGGAAAAAUGAACGAAGAUGCCAUGACAUGAAUCGUUGCUCCCAUACUAAUUCCUGUUUCCAUUCUUCGUAAUUAUCUAAGUCUUUUUUUCCUGCUAGUUUUACAGAAGAGAAAAAGGAGGGGGAAAAGAGAAAACAACCUGCUACAAUUGAUUGUGUGAUCAAAAGUUCUCUUUUUGCCCUUCUCUCAAUCAAGUUUCAUGUGCAUAAGUGUGCUUUUUGAAUGUUGUAAAACUGUGAAGUAAUCUUUUCAAGAAUCUAGAGAUUUUGUUCAUCAAA